CGGCUGGACGGAAGCGAAGGAACAUCUCCCAAUGGUUUGCUCCUUGGGACGCUACCAAACCGACCUCAAGCUAGAACAACGACUAAUUAGGGACAGUCAUUACCGAGUCCAGUGAUGGUCUUGAUUCAAGCUGUUCUAUCAGCAAACACCCGCAGACGUUAAUGUACAGCAUAUUAUUAUUUGCACAUGUAGUUUACGACUGAGUGCACGGUACCAGACGCUCGCUACACCGGAGUCGACCGAUCGGGUGACGAGGAAUUUGGGACGAUUACACCUUGUUAGUUUCUCUAUACAACAAUAACACAGUUGUUGUUGAGACCGAUGCUACAGCGCCCAACAUUCUACCAUGACAUAAACAAGGACGCAAGUACUGCAGACUAGUGGACCAAUAUAUCCAAAAGCUCUUCACCAACCACCAAGAUGGCUAAAUCAACCAAUUUUACACCUUUGGUCUGUGUGGUGGUUCUCAUCAUUGCGUUGUUGAUCCCACCAGCUGCACAACAGGCAGGCGGCAAUUGCCCACCAUGUCCACAAAACACUGUCAGUGUGGGUGUGCUGGUUGGUUCUUGUAUAGCUGUUUUAGUUGGGGUUUUGAUCAUUGAAGCUUUAGCUAUUCUCUGCUAUAGAAAAUACUGCAGAGAUACACAACCAAAAGUUUCUCGCCGUUUCAUGAUGGGUCCUGAUGAGGAUAUGGUGGUCAAAGAAAAUCUAGCCUAUGAGAGCGACUCCGAGCAUGACCCGAGAAGUGGAAAGGGGGAGAAGAAGAGAGCUUCAGUCUUUAGCAUUAGUGAAACGAAGGACAACAUGAUGUAUGUUCCAGCACUGUACCGUAACCCCAUCUCCAAAGAUCGUGAUGAUAACUCUGCAAUCAUGAGUGGUUAUUACGACCAAGACUUUGAUAUGGACAACAUCUACACAUACAAUGCUGGUUGGGGUUCUCGUGUGCCUAACAUCCUUAGUGGCAAAGACAUGUCGGACAGUCUCGAUGAUUUGUAUCAUGAUGCAGAAGAGUUUCCAAUCCUGAGAACACCACAUGAUGGGGUUGGAUCUGUUAACUUUGCUGCUUCAAAAUACAAAGACGGUUUUGGUCACCAGAGCAUUGAUGUCCACGACGAUAAUGGUGAAGUAACUACCUACACAUACACAACAGGCUUUGGGGGAAAAGCACGACAGGAGGUUACUACAGUUACGACAGAUUCAGAUGACAUUAAACCUAAGGUGAAAAAGGUCAGUAGAAGGUCCAAAUCAGUUGAUGCUAUGGUCUUGAAUAUGGAAGAGGCUGAGCCUGAAACACGUAUUGCCAUUGAUGACAAUUUUACAAUUGGUAAACGGACCUCUACAAAACUUCAAGGAUUCACUGAAGCUUCAAUCCACAGUGAGCCAUCCGUAUCUCAUGUCGAUCCCACUGGUAACUUCAUCCUUCGCUCCUCACCAUCAACAUCACGAUCAGAGAGCAGUGAUGAUCAGGACCUGUAUGACUUUGGAGAGAGCUCUGAGAGACAACAUCAUGCGGUAAACAUGCAGAGGCACUCUAUUCCAGGAAAGAUUGGACAUGGCACGUACCGAGCAACUGUUGGUGGUAUUCCACUAGAUAGGCGAUCGUCAGAGGAAACACCAACUGAACUAUUCAACAGUAGAUACAGGUACAGCACUGGACUUAACAAAGCCAAGUUAGUCGCAAUGCGAGCAUCAGCUGCAGCACAUGCACGAGAAGAUAUUGUCACCGAAGAAGACACUUCUUCAGAUGAGCAAGAUGGCACACCACCAGAUGGCACACCACCAGUCUUUGGGUACAUUAAACUUGUUCGACCCGAGUCCGGAGCAGAUCAAAGCGAAGAUAAACAGCAAUACCAAAGUGUUCAAUCAACCAGUUCAGAGAACCAAGAGAUGUACAGGUUGUUCCCUGUUGGAACAAACAGAAGACCAAUUAUCAUACAAGAUACAGAGCGCAGAGGAUUUGCCAGAAACUCUUACAUAAGACAUAGAAGUAAAACAUUUGUUGAAGUUGGAGAUGCUGGAGUGCAGUGUGAGAUCAGCCCAAGUAGCUUCCAAUCAGACAAUACUACUCCAUCCAGCUUGAGUCAGGAGAGGGCCAGCAUACUUCGGCGUGAAACGGUUGCCUUUAGUCAGGACACGGACUCCAUGGAUGAUAUUCCUACCAUUGGUCUUAUCAGAUUAAUGGGUCCCAAAUCUUCUAAGCGCGUAACAAUUAAAGAAGACCACCUUGACAAAGACUUCGCAACCAUCUCCUUCUCUGAAGAUGAUGAGAUUACAACAUCACUUGAAGACCUCAACUACAGAUCCACACAAAGAUCUAUUGAACGACAAGGCUCUCCAAGGCAACGCCGAGCAAGAUCAGCUCCAGCAAGAAGUGAGCGGAUGACCACGACAACCAGGACAGAGGUGACCAGUGAUUACCCUUUUGAAAGUGUUCCAACAAUUGGAGUUAUUCGUUUGGUACGCCCAGAUAGUGCAUCAGACUCUUCAGGUGUUGAAAGUGAGGUGCCGAGCAGUGAAGAAUCAGGGCCCAGAGACAGGCCUAUUAUGCGCAUGGCACAGCAGAUGCUUCAAGAAAGUGUUUCUUCAAGACAAUCCAAAUAUCACACUGAUAAAAAAAUGGAUGAAAUCCCAACUAUUGGUGUUGUUAGAUUGGUGCGGCCCAAAGCCUCAACUCAAGACACAAGAAGCAGGCCUGUCCACCAAGAACGAACUAAUAUCUUUGAGGAAACGUCCUCAACAACUUCAAGAGAUGUUCCCAUGUCAGAAAUGCCAACGAUUGGAGUCAUCAAACUAUUAAAGGGUAACACAAGAAGGGAGCCUACCCCAAGAACUAUAGCGUCUCGUGUGGAUAGAGGAACUCAACCAGAACAUAGCUGGGCCCAGCUUCUGCAAGAGAUGCAAAACAUGGUUGAAACUGAAAUCAUUCAUCAGACAAGAAGGCAGCUUCAGCAACCAAGGGAUGAGGUUGAGGGUGUCCCUCGCAAUAUAGGAGUUAUCAAGUUAAAGAGGCAAGAUGAGACGCUGCAAGAAACUCAGACUGAAAGACCUAAAAUGCAAGAUGAAACAACAAUGCCAAACUAUAGUUGGUCUGAUCUCAUCCGUGAAAUUGAAGACACGAUUGAAAGACGCUACAUGCGAAUGUCUGCACCAGCACCCCGAGAAGAAUCUGAUGUGUCUCAGUCAGUUCAGAAACUAGGAGUUAUUCAGUUGAAAGGAGCUCCAGAUAAACUUAUUAGAGACAGUUUCACGCAAAAUUCUGGCCCUAACACAAAAGAGAAGAGCACUGGGCCAGCUUGGAGUUUCAGUGAGAUGCAAGAGGAAAUAGAGGAAGAAGCUCUAAUGAAGUUCAAGAGAACCUUAAGUCAGCUUGAAAGGCCAGUGGAAGUACAUGUUGGAGACACUCAUCAAGAAACCCAGGCUGUCAGCAUUAUUAAGCUCAAGAAAGAACAACAACCAAAAAAGAUAAUCAGAGACAGUUUCACUCAGAGUUCUACCCCAGAUACAAACGAAAAAAGUACAGGAACUUUAUUUAACUUGAACGACAUGAAGGAAGAAAUUGAAGAGGAAGCUGUCAGGAAAUUCAAGCGCACCUUGAGUCAAUUGGAGAGACCAACAGCAGUUCUUGUUCAAGAUGUUCCUGAAGAAAUCCCUGCAAUCAGUGUGAUUAAGCUUAAAAAAGAACAUCUACCUGAAAAACAAGUAAGGAAUAGUUUCACUCAGAGUUCUGGUCCAAACACAUACGAGAAGAGUACAGGGCCAGCAUUUAAUUUUGCUGAGAUCAAAGAAGAAAUUGAGGAAGAGGCUGUUAAAAGGUUCAAAAGAACCUUGAGUCAACUGGAGAAACCAGCUGAAGUACAUGUAAAGGAGUCACAUCAAGACAUUACUGCCGUAAGUGUCAUCAAGCUCAAGAAAGCACCCGAAGCAGAGAAGCCAAAACUUGUUAACAGAGGUGUCCAACCAGAUCUGCUCUGGCGAGAUGUGAAAGAGGAAAUUGAAGAUGAGGCAGUUGAGAAGUACAAGAAACGAAUGAGACGAUUCCAACCCAAAGAGGUUGUCCAAGAGAAAGUUACAGCAGUUGCUGCUCCCACUGUUAGUGUCAUCAAGCUAAAGGGUCCUAAAACAAAGCCUGCUCCAGAGAAAGUGGAUAAUAGUUUCCAGUGCGACAUGUCUGAACCCAAACCUGCAACAGAAGACCAAGUGACGGAACCAAUGCGACCAUGGUCUGAUGUGCUGCAUAAUGUACGCAGAAUUUUAGAGAAUGAGUACAGACGUACAAUCAAUGAGCUUGAAACAAAGUUGACUUCCAUCCCGAAAGAUGAACCUGUGGUCGAAGCGGUCCCAACAGUUGCUGUCUUUAAACUCAAAGGUCCAGAUGUUAAACCAGAGGCCAAGAAACCAGCAAUGGUAGAUGAGAAGAUACAAGCUGCACCUAAAACGACGGAGCAAGAAACUAAUCCAGUUAGACCUUGGAAGAAUAUUCUACAUGAUGUAAGGCAAAUUCUGGAGAAUGAAUACAGACGUACCAUUCGUGAGCUGGAAGAUCAAUUAACAGGCGACAAAGAUGAAACUGAUGGAGGGAAGACAAUGGCUGUUUUCAAGCUGAAUGCCCCCACAGUACCAAAAGUGAAGACAGUCAGUAUGUUCACACAAUGUGAAAUACCUGAAACAGGAGAGCAAGGAACUGUACCAGAUAGAUCAUGGGGAACCCUUGUUAAAGAUGUUCGCAAUUCUGUUGAAAAUGAGUAUAGGGUUACUAUAAGACAACUAGAGUCUCAACUUCAAGAAAGACCGCAGGAAGAAGCAGCUAAAGGUCCAACUCGUCUAGGAAUAUUCAAGCUGAAAGGAUCGAAACAGAUGAAAGUAAAGAAACCUAUUGUGCAUGAUAGUUUCACUCAGUCAGACGGAAAGACAACUGCAAACAAAGCCACUCAUCCAUCAAAGCCAUGGUUUAAAUUGAUGAGCGAGAUGGAAGAAACCAUUGAAAGGAAACUGUCCACGAAAAGUUUUGAGCCUGUAAACGUUGAGUCUGAAAUAGUUCAGGAGAGAGAGCAGAUAGUGGAAAUGACAGCUCCUGUGCUACAAGUUUCAACCACUGAAGCUACCACUCAAUCCUCACAACCGGAAACAAAAUCCAGUUCUUCUCAGAGUGUACAAGUAGAGACCUCUUCAAAAUUGGUUCAGGCUCAUGAACAGCCAAGUGUUUCGCUCCUUCAAGCCAGUACGCAAGUAUCAUUGGUGCAAAUUGAAGAGAUUCCAAUCAUACCAGCUUAUAUACAACCAGUUCAAGCCGCAGUUACUUUUCAACUUCCUGAACCCGAAAGGAUGGAAAUUGGAGUUCAAGUUUCUCCUGAAAGGAAGAGCAGAGCUUCAUUGACUGUGAGAACAAAACUUGUCGAUACUUCAGUCCAAGUCCAGGAUACACAUCCAGACAUCCUGUCUGCUGCAACUCAAGUAGAACCAUCUACGUCUGAAAGUGGCCUUCAGUCUGUUCCAAAGUGGGUAGAACUGGGUGUGCAGGUGAAGCCAGAAAUGAGUGACAUCCAGUCAUCCAUAGUUACUCAAAUGGAAGAGGUGGGGACAGAAAUGGAGCAUGAGCUUAAGCUUACGAGUGACAAAUCAACAGGAAUUACAACUGUAAAAGAGCUGCUUGAAAAUGGUGUACAAGUAAAACCAGACAUAAAAAAUAAGGUAACUGCAACAGACAAAAAGAAAGUUGUAGAUGCAUUUUGCCAAGCUGAAGUUUUUACCAAAAAGACUGAAACUCUUGACUCUUCUGUGCAAGCAAAGCCAGCUGUCGGUGUUGUACAAACAAGUACACUUGUUCUCAAAGUCACAGAUGCUUUUACCCAAGCGCAAAGUCCGAAAGAAGAUGUUGCAACUGCAUCAGAUGUGCCAACACAGCAAGAUGAAUCAGUUCAGGUUUCUAUGGAAGUUGAAACAGAGCCUGCCAUUAUAAAGGAAGUGGUAGUAAGUGAACAAUUUGCCAUGCCACCAUUGACAGUUCCUGUUGAUGUCAUCGACUCCAACACCCAGACCAUUGUGCAAACAACAGAAUUCACAAGUCAGUUUGAACCUCAAACACUUGAAAAGUCUACAGGAGUACAAUUAAGUGGGGUCCACUUCGGUCUUCAAGCUUCAAAGAAUAGCAUCGACUCUUCCACAGAAACUCCACAGAUUGUUCACAAGGCUAAACCGACACAGGCUCGACCACGGACUGUUGACAAAGCAACAGAAUAUGUUAAGUUCACGGCAGAGACAGUUCAUGUUAGUAUGCAAUGCACAAUUGAAAACAGUGAUGUUGGUGUCAGUGCAGAACCCCAAACACUUGAAAGUGGCACUACAACGGAGACUAAAAUACAACUGAAUGUUGCUGUACAAGCUGAGAGUGAGAUUGAGGUUGAAGAGUCCAUUAUAUCAGAGAGUGUUCAGGAGGAGGCAAGGGCACUGAUGAAUUUGGAAGUACAAACAUCUGACUCACAAACACAGACACUACCAGAAGUAGUUGAGCAGAAAGCUACCUCAAUGGAUGUCAUAAAGACUGUAAAUGUACACGUACAGAGUGUUGAAUCAAAAAGCCUUCUGGAUAGUGGGAUCCAAGUGAAACCUGUUGUUACCUCUGUUGGUACUACACUUCUGACAAACAAAAAUGAGAACGGAUAUCAAGUUAAACCUCAAACUAUGGAGCGUGGUAUGACAACAGUAGUAAGAGGCACUGCUCAACGAAAACCUCCAUCACACGAUAAAGUAGUUCAAGUCAAACCUGUAUCAAACACAAAGACACAAGGAACAGUGACAGAUAGGAAGGAGGUGCAAACAAAACCUACACAGGUUAAUCCAGCAACAAAUACUCAAGGACAAACAUCAAAACCAGAUGUCAAGGAAGCAUGGAGCAUGACUGAAGACCAGACUGAAGACCAGCCUGAAGAAAUCUUUGAACCAAUCAUUGCUGAGAAAGAGAUAGUGGUUGAAGCGCACAUGCCCAUCUUUAAACCAGACCUGGUUGAAAAAAUGACCCAGGUAGCACCCAGUAGGAAGGACAAUUCAUCGUCAACUGAUCUGUCUCAGCAAAUUCAGGUCAGCACUCAAUAUGAGACCACUUUGGAUGAAACAGCAAUUCAAACCGAUGUUCAACCCAAACCUGAACUGAUCAGCAGUGGCUCACAAAGUGUGGUGGAAGUUGCUGAUACUACAGUCCAAACAAAGAUGAUUACAAAUGAAUCCAUUGGUCUGUCAACAGACAUCACUCAAUUUAAGACGUCCUUCGCUCAGUAUGAACCAGAUCAAUUCAGAUCCUCAGCUUCUAUACAGACAACCGUUCCAACACAAAGCACAGGGUUUUCGACUCAGAAGGUUGUUUUGAAAAGCAUUGGCAGUUCUCCUGUAAAACUUGAUGUUAAAACAUCUUCCACUCAGUACCAGAGGGCUGGCAUACAAGAUGGUUCGAUGCAAACAGAUGUUGUUGAGGAAGAACUGAACAUUGUAGAUGAGCGUAUUGAAGUUGAGGAGACGGAAGUGCUUGAGUCUUUACCUCGUAUGGAAUUUAUGGAGAAACAAACGCUUGAAGUUUUCUCUCCAGUUGAGUUGGUUGAGAUGGAGACCCAAUCAGAGUCAAUUGUCAUCGACGAAGCUGCAUCUCAAACUGAUGAGGUUUUGUUAAAAACAAAUGACACUGCCACACAAUAUGAAACCAGCCUUAAAACUUCGGAUGCCCAAACUACGCAUGUGAAACUUGUUUCCACGUCUAUGUCGACAGUUGGCCCAAGAGUAAAUGAAGCAUUUGUCCAGUACGAACCAAACCAGUUCAAAUCAACUGUUUCAUCACAAGCUACAGUUAGUAUGCGCUCAACAGGAUUAUCAACGAGUAAGACCCCCUUAACAACCACAGGUAUGUCAACUGCUAAACUUGAUGUGACAGCUUCAUCUACUCAGUACAAGAUUGAUACUGAAGAUAGCAGCAUGCAGACCGAAGAACAAGAACAGAUAGAGGAUUUGGUUGAGGAGGUCAUCAUAUUUGAUGAAGUUCAGACUCUUAAUGAAAUGCCUGAUUACAGCCAACCACCUAUAGAAAUGGUCAAUGUUGAGACACAGGCUGAACCAGUGAAGUCUGAUCAAGCAGUUAUGACAUGCCCUGAGACUCAGGAGAAGAUGACAUUGACCUUGUUGAAAAAGACUACUCCUGCAUCCAUGCAACAUGCUCCCGUAGUAAUGUCUUUUGGUCAACAAAUGAUUUCCCAAGGGCCGAAAGUAACCUCAACAGGCACAGUUAUGUCAAAGUUUGAAUUACCUUCCAAACCAGUACAAGUUAACCCUUCAAUGAAUGCUUUCGGGCAGAUGACAGAGAUUGAUACUGUUGAUCAAUGGAGCAUGACAAAUGUUCAACCUUUACCUGAAUUGGUCAGCAGUGCUUCACAAAGCGUGGUGGAAGUUGCAGAUACUACAGUCCAAACAAAGUUGAUUACAAAUGAAUCCAUUGGUCUGUCAACAGACAUCACUCAAUUUGAGACGUCCUUCGCUCAGUAUGAACCAGAGCAAUUCAGAUCCUCAGCUUCUAUACAGACAACCGUUCCAACACAAAGCACAGGGUUUUCGACUCAGAAGGUUGUUUUGAAAAGCAUUGGCAGUUCUCCUGUAAAACUUGAUGUUAAAACAUCUUCCACUCAGUACCAGAGGGCUGGCAUACAAGAUGGUUCGAUGCAAACAGAUGUUGUUGAGGAAGAAAUGAACAUUGUAGAUGAGCGUAUUGAAGUUGAGGAGACGGAAGUGCUUGAGUCUUUACCUCGUAUGGAAUUUAUGGAGAAACAAACGCUUGAAGUUUUCUCUCCAGUUGAGUUGGUUGAGAUGGAGACCCAAUCAGAGUCAAUUGUCAUCGACGAAGCUGCAUCUCAAACUGAUGAGGUUUUGUUAAAAACAAAUGACACUGCCACACAAUAUGAAACCAGCCUUAAAACUUCGGAUGCCCAAACUACGCAUGUGAAACUUGUUUCCACGUCUAUGUCGACAGAUGGCCCAAGAGUAAAUGAAGCAUUUGUCCAGUACGAACCAAACCAGUUCAAAUCAACUGUUUCAUCACAAGCUACAGUUAGUAUGCGCUCAACAGGAUUAUCAACGAGUAAGACCCCCUUAACAACCACAGGUAUGUCAACUGCUAAACUUGAUAUGACAGCUUCAUCUACUCAGUACAAGAUUGAUACUGAAGAUAGCAGCAUGCAGACCGAAGAACAAGAACAGAUAGAGGAUUUGGUUGAGGAGGUCAUCAUAUUUGAUGAAGUUCAGACUCUUAAUGAAAUGCCUGAUUACAGCCAACCACCUGUAGAAAUGGUCAAUGUUGAGACACAGGCUGAACCAGUGAAGUCUGAUCAAGCAGUUAUGACAUGCCCUGAGACUCAGGAGAAGAUGACAUUGACCUUGUUGAAAAAGACUACUCCUGCAUCCAUGCAACAUGCUCCCAUAGUAAUGUCUUUUGGUCAACAAAUGAUUUCCCAAGGGCCGAAAGUAACCUCAACAGGCACAGUUAUGUCAAAGUUUGAAUUACCUUCCAAACCAGUACAAGUUAACCCUUCAAUGAAUGCUUUCGGGCAGAUGACAGAGAUUGAUACUGUUGAUCAAUGGAGCAUGACAAAUGUUCAACCUUUACCUGAAUUGGUCAGCAGUGCUUCACAAAGCGUGGUGGAAGUUGCAGAUACUACAGUCCAAACAAAGUUGAUUACAAAUGAAUCCAUUGGUCUGUCAACAGACAUCACUCAAUUUGAGACGUCCUUCGCUCAGUAUGAACCAGAGCAAUUCAGAUCCUCAGCUUCUAUACAGACAACCGUUCCAACACAAAGCACAGGUUGUUCGACUCAGAAGGUUAUUUUGAAAAGCAUUGGCAGUUCUCCUGUAAAACUUGAUGUUAAAACAUCUUCCACUCAGUACCAGAGGGCUAGCAUACAAGAUGGUUCGAUGCAAACAAAUGUUAUUGAGGAUUAUGUUGAAGUUGAGGAGACCGAAAUGCUUGAGUCUAUCCCUCGUAUGGAAGUAAUGGAGGAGGUCAUCAGAGUUGAAGAAGUUCAGACUCUUAAUGAAAUGCCUGAUUACAGCCAACCACCUGUAGAAAUGGUCAAUGUUGAGACACAGGCUGAACCAGUGAAGUCUGAUCAAGCAGUUAUGACAUGUCUUGAGACUCAGGAGAAGACGACAUUGACCUUGUUGAAGAGGACUAUUCCUGCAUCCAUGCAACAUGCUCCCGAAGUAUUGUCUUUUGGUCAACAAAUGAUUUCCCAAGGGCCGAAAGUAACCUCAACAGGUACAGUUAUGUCAAAGUUUGAAUUACCUUCCAAACCAGUACAAGUUAAACCUUCAAUGAAUGCUUUCGGGCAGAUGACAGAGAUGGAUACUGUUGACCAAUGGAACAUGACGGAGGAAAUUGAGUUUCAUGAUGCAACUUCAACUGAGGAUGCAAAUGUUCAGGUGGAACCAGUUACCUCAAGCAUUGCAUCUGAGGUACAUCCAGAUACCUUAGACCAAACAACCAUGUUCCAUCCUAAAACAAGAGAGGUUCCUUCUCAGAUGUCUGUUAACCAUGCCACUGUUCAUGCACAAGCAUCAGUGAAGCUAAACUCAAUGUCAUCACAAACUCAAGAAGACAAAAUCAAGAAGAAGAGCGCAGCAGUUCAGACCCAAAGGUAUCUAGUCACAAGUACAAGCUAUGUCCAGUUGAAAGAAAAGACAUAUCAACCUAUUGAUCAUUCUGGUGACUUGGUUGGUAUUAAACCUCGUGGGACGCCUACAAUGGAAAACAAGCACAUGCAGGCCGCAGUUACUAUGGUUAACAGCACAGCGCAGUAUGUUGGUCCGGAGAAUGUAGCAAGAGGUCUUCAAACAGAUGAAAUUCAACCGGAUGAGCUGAUUGAAGUAACUGAUAUGGAGGUACAAACAAACCCUGUAACAAUAAUUGACUUUGUUCCAGUUCUAGUUGACUCUACUGUUCAGUAUGAAUCAAGGUAUUACUAUAGUGAAUCAACUCAGGUUGAAAUACCCACUAUGCAUCGCCAUGUUCAUGCUGUAGUCCCAAUCGAAUCAAAAGAGACGGCAACACCAAUCAUCAAGGUUAACCCAUCAUCAAGCCAAACAGAUGUCUACCGAGGUGAGGAUAUCAGUUCCCAGACUGAUGCGAUGGCUGAAGAAUCUAUCAUAACAUCUCAAACGAUUGAAUCAGUUCAGUAUGCUGCACCACCAAUGUCUUUACCAGAGACACAAGUAGCAGUAUCACAAACGGAUAACAUCUCAUCUACUGACCAAAGCACAUCAGUUCAAUUUCCAAUGGUACAGCAUAGCAAUGUCCAGGUUAGUCCCCUCACACAGAACACCAACACUAUGACACCUGUGAAACAGUAUUUACAAAAGUCUGUGCAGGAAAAGCCUACAGUUUUGUCACAGAUGCUGCAAACAUUUCCAAACGUCAGAGUGGGUUCUACUUGGACCGACAGGUGGAGUAUCAAAAACGCGGCUUCACAGUUUGAGAUGACAACUGUUGAUAAUUCUUCUGGCCAAACACAAACCUAUCCAUCGUAUGAUAGUAGUUCACAAACAGAUACAAUCCCUGAGCCGGAGCCUUUUAUUGUGCCCGAUUUUGUUCAAACAGUCCAACUUUCGCCACCCAUUUUGCUUCCUGAAAUGUCGUCUGCAGAGUCCCAAACAGAUAUUGUCAAGUCCAAUGAACUUGGUACUUUCAUGGAACUUCCAGUUCGAGAAGCACAGAGUGUUCAAACAUUCAUGGAAACAGUUCAAAGGAGUACCUCGCCUAUUCUGCAGGAGUUAAAGGAUGCUAUCACACAGUAUGAAGCUGAUCUGAAAGAUUUAGGUGUACAGGUGAAACCUAAUGUUCUUGAUAAAGAAAUGGAAACAUUAAUGGUUACGCUACAGGAUGCUGCAAUUCAGUAUGCUACCCUCUACAGAGAGGAUAAGCCAGUACAGUUUUCUCCUGAAGUUUCUGAGCAAGAAACAUCAACACCUCAAACAAUAUUCAAGGAAAGCUACACUGUGGCUAUGUCAAUUCCAUAUUCAUCAAAAACCACCCAGAUUGUCAUAGAAAACACGGACAAAGGAACUGCACCAGAAACUACACAAGGUGUUACCUCUGUUGACCAUAGCACAGCUAUGAAUCUUCCAAAGCUUCAGAGUAGCCAUGUUCAAGUGGCACCUGAAAUGCAAGAUAUUAACACGAUGACGACUGUGAUGCAGUUUGCUCCAAAAGCUGUUCAAAAGGAUACUGAGAUGUUGUCUCAAUCAAUGCAGGCUUACCCAGAUAUCAAUGAAGGGUCUACCUUCACAGAGAAGCCAAACAUCAAUGAUCAAGCCUCCCAAUAUGAUGUUGUUGGAAAGCAUGUCUCGGUACAGAUAGUUCCAGAGUUAAAUGAUGCUUUCACUUCCUCUGAAGUGAUCGUCAAGGAGUUAAUCGAGUCAGAAACGCAAUACGUCCUAGAAUCAAAGAACUUUGAAACUCAAACAGUAAUAUCAACACAAGAUCAGGCCUCAUUUAAGGAUGUUGAAAUGCAAGAAUCUAUUUGUCAGACAGAACUUACUAUUGAAGAUCUUGAAGAAAUGAUAGAAAGUCUAAGACAACAGGAAGAACUUGUCAUGGAGGAUGUGGUUAUUCCCCAACAGCUGGCUCCUGUUCACAGUGAGAUGAAAUUCCCGGUAUGGACUGAAGACUUGGAAGUUCAAACUUUCUUGGACACAGUUCAAAGGAGUACCUCUCCCAUACUUCAAGAAGUGAAAGAUGCCAUCACACAGUAUGAAGCUGAUCUAAAAGAGUUAGGUGUACAGGUAAAACCUAACGUUCUUGAUAAAGAAAUGGAAACAUUCAUGGUUACGCUACAGGAUGCUGCAAUUCAGUAUGCUACCCUCUACAGAGAGGAUAAGCCAGUACAGUUUUCUCCUGAAGUUUCUGAGCAAGAAACAUCAACACCUCAAACAAUAUUCAAGGAAAGCUACACUGUGGCUAUGUCAAUUCCAUAUUCAUCAAAAACCACCCAGAUUGUCAUAGAAAACAAGGACAAAGGAACUGCACCAGAAACUACACAAGGUGUUACCUCUGUUGACCAUAGCACAGCUAUGAAUCUUCCAAAGCUUCAGAGUAGCCAUGUUCAAGUGUCACCUGAAAUGCAAGAUACUAACACGAUGACGACUGUGAUGCAGUUUGCUCCAAAAGCUGUUCAAAAGGAUACAGAGAUGCUGUCUCAAUCAAUGCAGGCUUACCCAGACAUCAAUGAAGGGUCUACCUUCACAGAGAAGCCAAACAUCAAUGAUCAAGCCUCCCAAUAUGAUGUUGUUGGAAAGCAUGUCUCAGUACAGAUAGUUCCAGAGUUAAAUGAUGCUUUCACUUCCUCUGAAGUGAUCGUCAAGGAGUUAAUCGAGUCAGAAACGCAAUAUGUCCUAGAAUCAAAGCACUUUGAAACUCAAACAGUAAUAUCAACACAAAAUCAGGCCUCAUUUAAGGAUGUUGAAAUGCAAGAAUCUCUUUGUCAGACAGAACUCACUAUCGAAGAUCUUGAAGAAAUGAUGGAAAGUCUAAGACAACAGGAAGAACUUGUCAUGGAGGAUGUGGUUAUUCCCCAACAGCUUGCUCCUGUUCACAGUGAGAUGAAAUUCCCAGUAUGGACUGAAGACAUGGAAGUUCAAACUUUCUUGGAAACAGUUCAAAGGAGUACCUCUCCCAUACUUCAAGAAGUGAAAGAUGCCAUCACACAGUAUGAAGCAGAACUGAAACAUUUUGGCGUGCAGGUACAACCCGAUGUACUAGAUAAAGAGAUGGAAACAUUUAUGGCAACACUGUGCGAUGCUGCCAUGCAGUAUGUUUCCCUCUACAAGGAAGACAAACUAACACAAAUUUAUCCUGAUGUUCAAGACCAAGGGUCCUCAACAACAAAAAAGCUGUUCAAGGAAAGCUCCACAGUCACCCUGUCAAAUCCUCAAGUAUCUAAAAAGACACAGAUUUCACCAGAAAACAUUGACAAGUGGACUCAAAGAGAGGCAUGUAUGGCAGAUGUUCACAUUCAGGCUAGACCAAUGCUUCAAGAUUCACUAUCACAGACAGAAGAGCUCUUGAGAGAAGACAUAGAACUCCUGUUAAAACCCUUACAAAGAAGGCAGGUUAGAUUGCAAUUGAAAACGUACAAGGAGACAAAAGAAAUUGACAUUCAAACAGAGCCAGUCAUAAUUAAAUCUGUCGUACCAGAUGAUGAGAGAGACUCUUGGCUUGACAGUGGCAUUGACACAGAUGUUCAAACUGAACCAGUCGUUAUAUUAUCUGAUGUUGAGUCAGAAAUCGAUAUGAUCGAUGAGAAGAGUCAAACUUACCAAGUUGAUAUGAUUGAUGUUGACAUUCAAGUUGAGAGCAGAGAAAAGAAAGACACAAUUUCACAAACUCUUCACAAGACCCAGUUACCUAAAACUGUACAGACAGAACUGAAGGUGAAUUCUGCAAGCACUUCAACAGUGAACCCAGUGGCUAAACAGAUUUCAUCACAAACCAGUCCCACAAAGAUGGUCAGUAAAGGAUUUCAGUUUGAGCCAAUACCAUACCUGACUAAUGAAGAUACCAAUACACAGACUCCAACUGUAAUGACUAAGGAGCGAGGAACCCAUGUCUGUGAUCUACAAGUCGAUACUUCAACCACACAAACUGAUGAUACGCCAAUUAUUGAAUCAGAAGUGAUUACAGUAUGCAACUCCCAACCUGAAGAGUCACAGAUGUCCUUUUUGGUCCCUGAACUAAGUGAUGUUUCAGUCCAAGCUAGUGCUGAGGUAACUCACGGAGAUAGUCAGACAACUACAGUCAAAACUACUGAUAGGCCAUCUUCACCUGGAAUCAGUUAUACAGUUGCUGGAUCCCAGACUAGCAAUCCCGAGCGUAGAACAACAAACACACAGUAUGAAGCAAGUGGUAUCCCAAUAAAGACACAGACAGACAAAACAGUCACAGCAAACAGGGGUAUUGUAACAGACCAGGUCAUUUUACUGGACAGUUGUCUUCAGACUUUCUUGGAUAGCAAACCUGAAAUAGUAGACAGGUCAAUACAGCAUGCCACACUUGUCAUCACUGGACACUCUCAGACAGAGAUGACCGAAUUUCAGAAUAAAGAAAUGCAGACAGACACAGUUGAGGAAGAAUUUGCUGACAUGCAACCAGAAGCACUGGAAGCAUUUACACAAACCACAAAUGAAAUGGUCAGUGUGGUAGCGCAGACAGAUAGAAAAGCCUUCACUGAACACGGCACUGAUGCACCAGUGAGUAGACUGAAGACUACUGGAUCGCAGGUGAAACAAGUAACACAAAAGACAGUUGCUAGCACCCAAACUCAGAAGAGAAUCACCAGAAGUGAGGGAAUGGUUACAAAGGGAAUCACAUCUUCAAGUACAUCUGUACAGACAGACGAGAUCCAUGUACGCAUUGUUGAAGAAGUAAUAGCUCCAGUUUUCAAUCCACCAGUAUUUGCUGCAUUUAAACCAGAGACCAAACCUGAAUCACAAGAUUUCUCAACUCAAACUGCAACUCGAACAGUUGAUAAGUCUAUUCAGCAUGACAGCGAAAACUCACAGUUUAAUAUUUUCUCAACAAGAGUGAUAAAGGGAGAAGUAACUCCAUCAGUUGUUAGUGAGGCUUCCUUUACCCCAAGAAAGACACAUUUCAUCAGUCACUUGGAAACAACAGCAUAUCCAAAGGAAGAAAGACUGACAUAUAAGCACUUUGCUGAUGUCCCGACACAAGUUAAACCUGAAGUUGAUCAUGUCCGGGUCCAAGUACAGCCUAUUCAAGAUGAUCAUUCAACGGAAACUGAAGAACGUGUUUGCAAAAAUGCUGAAAUGCAGACGGACUUCUCAGAUGAGCCAUUGGAGGAAAUAAUCAGAGUAAGUCAUGUACCUGAACAGCAGAUGUCAUACUUGGACUUGGGGCCAAUGCUUGUUGACAGUGGUACACAGGCAUACCCGCAAACAAGUGAGCAUGGUAUGUCAACUGUCAAGCCACUGGAUGUACAGACAUCCUUCCUUGAUUUAGGUCCGAUCUUACUAGACAAUGGCACACAAGCUAGCCCAAAGACCAGAGAGCACGGGAUGUUGACUCUGAUGCCAUUAGAACCACUUCCAGCUUGGACUCAAACAGAGCUCCGCACAGAAGACAAUGGUGCCCAAUAUGAGGGAUCUGCUGAGAGUGUCAUGAGCCAAACAAUACUUGAUAUACAAGAACAGAGUACAUUCACUGCCAUAGAGGUUCGACAGGAAAGCUCACAAGCAACAACUGACAAAAAAGAUGCACAUGUACAAGUUAAAACUGAACGGGAGGUCAGUGUGAUGACAUCUGGCAUCCAGACAAUAGUUAUUCAUGAAGAGAAACCUCAAAUGAUGGACAUGGCAGUACAGUUCAGACCUGUUAAUAUUCAUCAAGGUACUGUCACUAACAAGGUUACCUGUGUAAGUUCCUUCAGUAACACUGACCGUGUGAACAUGAAACCAGCAAUGGUUCAGGUUUCAAUGAAACCAGAAACUGCUGCACAAGCAACGUCUACACUGAAGAAAGAAGUCAAGGAUACAACAACUCAGGCGCACACAACUUCUAAUGAUGCCUCUAAUCAGCAUGAUGAUGUUCCUGACUCGGCAGACAAGGGUCUUCAGAUUAAUCCAGUCAUGGUUGAUGAUUCGUCAGAAACUGUGCAAUUAAGAAAUGUUAAUCAGUUAACACAGGUUGAUCUAGGCAGUGCAAGACCACAAAUGAAUGAUGCUGCUAUACAGCACAGCAUAGAGAGGGUGUCCAUGAAACAAGCAACAGUACAAGUUGAAAUGAAACCUGAGACACAUGCUCAAGCCACUUUGACAACACGCACAUACUUGAAGGAUACAACCACUCAGGCGGAGACAUUAUCUUAUGAUGCAUCUAUUCAGCAUGAUAAUGUUCCUGAUUUGGCAGACAAGGGUCUCCAGAUAAAUCCAGUAAUGGUUGAUGAUUCAUCAGAGACUGUGCGUUUAAUCAAUGUUGAUCGUCGUACUCAAGUCGAUAUGGAUGGGCUACGGACAUUAAUGAAUGAUGCUUCUAUGCAGCAUAGUCCAGUAAAGAAAACAACUGACAAAUUAUCUCAGAUUUAUCCCAAUUCAAAGGAAACUGGAGUAUCCACUGAGAUAAAGACUAGUAACACGUCAAGCCAGGCAGAAUUCAUCAAAGAAAUAGAAGUGGUCCAUGCAGUAACUGCUGAGAACCAACAUGCUGCUUUCUUUGUUCCCGAAACUAAGAGGACGGACAAUAGUGUUCAAACAUUUAAUGAUUAUGUCGAUCGAGCAUCCUCACCAUUUAAUCUGGAAAAGGCUGACUCUUCCGUUCAACAUCAACCUUCAUAUGAAUCACAGAACGUACAAACAGAACAUGACCAUGUUGAGCGAGCAUCCUCACCAGUUGGACCUGACUACACAGAGGGUUGGUCUCAGACCAGGUCAAGUACCUCAGAGAUUGGACUUCAGAUCCAGGGUAAGGUUCAACAGGCAAGUUCACAAGCAACAACAGAAAACAGAGAUGCUGAGAUGCAAGUGGAAGCUGAACAGGUAAAAAUAACAACAAUUGGUAUACAGACAGCUACUGUACAUGAAGAGAGGCCCAAGAUGAUCGAAAUGGGAAUGCAGUUCAAACCUACAAACAUUGAGCAGGGCACUCUUACAGAGAAAAUUGGAUUCAGUAGCUCUUUCAGUAACACAGAGAAGGUAAUCACUAAAGCGGCAGUGGUUCAAGUGCAACUUAAACCUACAACAGAAGAAAGCUCUACUGUCACUGCCUUCACAACUUCUGUUGAACGCUCUGUCCAACAUCAACCAUCUCAUGUAUCGCAGAAUGUCCAGACAGAACAUGAUUUUGUUGAGCGAGCAUCAUCUCCAAUGGUUAAUGACAUCACUGAAGGAUGGUCACAGACGAAAUACACUACAUCUGUUGAAAGCUCUGUCCAACAUCAACCAUCUCAUGAAUCACAGAAUGUCCAGACAGAACAUGAUAAUGUUGAGCGCGCAUCCUCUCCGUUGGUUCAUGACAUCACUGAAGGAUGGUCACAGACGAAAUCUACUACAUCUGUUGAAAGCUCUGUCCAACAUCAACCAUCUCAUGAAUCACAGAAUGUCCAGACAGAACAUGAUUUUGUUGAGCGAGCAUCCUCUCCAUUGGUUCAUGACAUCACUGAAGGAUGGUCACAGACGAAAUCCUCUACUUCCGUUGAAAGCUCUAUCCAACAUCGACCAUCUUAUGAAUCACAAAAUGUCCAGACAGAAUGUGAUAAUGUUGAGCGAGCAUCUUCUCCAUUGGGUCAUGAAUACAUUGAAGGAUGGUCACAGACAAAGUCCCCUACUGCAGUUGAAAGCUCUAUCCAACAUCAACCAUCUCAUGAAUCACAUAAUGUGCAGACAGAACAUGAUAAUGUUGAGCGCGCAUCCUCUCCAUUGGUUCAUGAUGUCAUUGAAGGAUGGUCACAGACAAAGUCAACCAUUUCCGUUGAAAGCUCUGUCCAACAUCAACCAUCGCAUGAAUCACAGAAUGUGCAGACAGAACGUGCUAAUGUUGAGCGAGCAUCCUCUCCAUUGGGUCAUAACAUCACUGACAGUGCAUCUCAGACAAAGGUCAGUUCCACGGAAGUUGGGUUUCAGAUCCAAAGCAAAGUCCAACAGGCAAGUUCACAAGCAACAACAGAGAACAAAGAUGCUGAGAUCCAAGCUGAGACUGAAAAGGUCGAAAUGACAACAACUGGUUUCCAAACAAGCACGAUCCACGAACACAAACCCAAGAUGAUGGAUAUUGGAAUGCAAUUCAAACCAACCAAUACUGAACAGGCUACUCUUACAAACAAAGUUGGACUGAUUAGCUCUUCAAGUAAUACUGAGCAAGUCGAGGUGAAACAAGCAACAGUUCAAGUUGCUAGUAGACCACAAACACUGGCACAAGCAACCCUAACUACACCUAGGACAUCAAAAGAUACUACAACCCAAGUCCAGACAAUAUAUCGUGAUGCCUCGAUCCAACAUGGCAACCUUACUGACUUUGUGCACAAGGGUCUGCAAAUAAAUCCUGUUCUGGUUGAUAAUUCAUCUGAAACAAAACAACUAAGAAGUAGUGAUCAUGCAACUCAAGCUGACAGGCUGGUACCAACAACAAAUGACGUAGCCACACAGCAAAACCAGGACAAGAGCACAAAAGAACAGACCUGCCAAAUCCAUCCUUCUUUUGCAGAGGUUUCAGUAUCUACUUUUGUCAAAAUGACUGACAAUUCGUGUCAGUCCGAGACAAUUCAGGAAGAAAAAAUUAUUUGUGCAGUUGUAACAGAAACACAGCAUGCUGCUCUCUCAAUCCCUGAUACUGAAAGAACUGACAGGUUUGUUCAACAUCAACCUUCAUAUGCAUCACAGAACGUACAAACAGAACAUGACCAUGUUGAGCGAGCAUCCUCACCAGUUGGACCUGACUACACAGAGGGUUGGUCUCAGACCAAGUCAAGUACCUCAGAGAUUGGACUUCAGAUCCAGGGUAAGGUUCAACAGGCAAGUUCACAAGCAACAACAGAAAACAGAGAUGCUGAGAUGCAAGUGGAAACUGAACAGGUAAAAAUAACAACAAUUGGCAUCCAGACAGCUACUGUACAUGAAGAAAAACCUCAGAUGAUUGAAAUGGGAAUGCAGUUCAAACCUACAAAUAUUGAGCAAGGCACUCUUACAAAGAAAGUUGGAUUCAGUAGCUCUUUCAGUAACACAGAUAAGGUAAUCACUAGAGAAGCAGUGGUUCAAGUGCAGAUGAAACCUAAAAUGGAAGAACGAUCAACUGUUACUUUGGCAAAGAUUUCCAGAGACACAACAACUCAGGUCAUGACAACAGCUUGUGAUGCUUCUAUUCAGCAUGACCUACAAGAACUGGCUGACAAAGGCUUUCAGGUUAAUCCAGUUAUGGUUGAUGAUUCAUCUGAAACAAACACUCCAAAACAUGUAGAUCGACCAACUCAGGUUAACUUGAACACUCCAAAGACUGACUUUAAUGUCCAACAUCAUCCUUCAUGUGAUUCACAGAACAUACAGACAGAGUGUGACAAUGUGGAUCGAGCAUCCUCUCCACUUGGAUGUAAUUACACUGAUGGGUCAUCUCAGACAAAGUCCACCACGUCUGUUGAAAACUUUGUCCAACACCAACCACUCUAUGAAUCACAGAAUGUGCAGACAGAGCAUGACAAUGUUGAGCGAGCAUCAUCUCCAAUGAUUCAUGACAUCACUGAAGGAUGGUCCCAGACAAUGUCCACUGCUUCUGUUGAUUGCCCAAUUCAAGUCCAAAUGGUGACUCCAACGAAUGAAUUCUCUCUUCAACACCAACCAUUGUUUGAAUCACAGAAUGUGCAGACAGAGCAUGACAAUGUUGAGCGAGCAUCAUCUCCAUUGGUUCGAGACAUCACUGAAGGAUGGUCUCAGACUACGUCUACCGCGUCUGUUGAUUGCCCAAUUCAAGUCCAAAUGGUGACUCCAACGAAUGAAUUCUCUCUUCAACACCAACCUUUGUUUGAAUCACAGAAUGUGCAGACAGAGCAUGACAAUGUUGAGCGAGCAUCUUCUCCAUUUGUUCAUGACAUUACUGAAGGAUGGUCUCAGACUAUGUCCACUACCUCUGUUGACCGCCCAAUCCAAGUCCAAAUGAUGACUCCAACGAAUGAAUUCUCUCUUCAACACCAACCAUUGUUUGAAUCACAGAAUGUGCAGACAGAGCAUGACAAUAUUGAGCGAGCAUCUUCUCCAUUGAUUCAUGACAUUACUGAAGGAUGGUCUCAGACUAAGUCCACCACGUCUGUUGAAAACUUUGUCCAACACCAACCAUUGUUGGAAACACAGAAUGUGCAGACAGAGCAUGACAAUGUUGAGCGAGCAUCUUCUCCAUUGGUUCAUGACAUUACUGAAGGAUCGUCUCAAACUAAGUCCACUACGUCUGUUGACAACUUUGUCCAACACCAACCAUUGUUGGAAUCACAGAUUGUGCAAACAGAGCAUGACAAUGUUGAGCGAGCAUCUUCUCCAUUUGGUCGUGAUUACACUGAUAGUUCAUCUCAGACAAAGUCUAGUACUUUUGUUGAAAACUCUGUCCAACACCAACCACUCUAUGAAUCACAGAAUGUGCAGACAGAGCAUGACAAUGUUGAGCGAGCAUCUUCUCCAUUGGUUCAUGACAUUACUGAAGGAUGGUCUCAGACUAAGUCCACUACUUGUAUUGAUCGCCCAAUUCAAGUCCAAAUGGUGACUCCAACGAAUGAAUUCUCUCUUCAACAUCACCCAUUGUUUGCAUCACAGAAUGUGCAGACAGAGCAUGACAAUGUUGAGCGAGCAUCAUCUCCAUUGGUUCGAGACAUAACUGAAGGAUGGUCUCAGACUAAGUCCACUACGUCUGUUGACAACUUUGUCCAACACCAACCAUUGUUGGAAUCACAGAAUGUGCAGACAGAGCAUGACAAUGUUGAGCGAGCAUCUUCUCCACUGGUUAAUGACAUAACUGAAGGAUGGUCUCAGACUAAGUCCACCACGUCUGUUGAAAACUUUGUCCAACACCAACCAUUGUUGGAAACACAGAAUGUGCAGACAGAGCAUGACAAUGUUGAGCGAGCAUCUUCUCCAUUGGUUCAUGACAUUACUGAAGGAUCGUCUCAAACUAAGUCCACUACGUCUGUUGACAACUUUGUCCAACACCAACCAUUGUUGGAUUCAGAGAUUACAAAGUCUAGUACUUUUGUUGAAAACUCUGUCCAACACCAACCACUCUAUGAAUCACAGAAUGUGCAGACAGAGUGUGACAAUGUGGAUCGAGCAUCCUCUCCACUUGGAUGUAAUUACACUGAUGGGUCAUCUCAGACAAAGUCCACCACGUCUGUUGAAAACUUUGUCCAACACCAACCACUCUAUGAAUCACAGAAUGUGCAGACAGAGCAUGACAAUGUUGAGCGAGCAUCAUCUCCAAUGAUUCAUGACAUCACUGAAGGAUGGUCCCAGACAAUGUCCACUGCUUCUGUUGAUUGCCCAAUUCAAGUCCAAAUGGUGACUCCAACGAAUGAAUUCUCUCUUCAACACCAACCAUUGUUUGAAUCACAGAAUGUGCAGACAGAGCAUGACAAUGUUGAGCGAGCAUCAUCUCCAUUGGUUCGAGACAUCACUGAAGGAUGGUCUCAGACUACGUCUACCGCGUCUGUUGAUUGCCCAAUUCAAGUCCAAAUGGUGACUCCAACGAAUGAAUUCUCUCUUCAACACCAACCUUUGUUUGAAUCACAGAAUGUGCAGACAGAGCAUGACAAUGUUGAGCGAGCAUCUUCUCCAUUGGUUCAUGACAUCACUGAAGGAUGGUCUCAGACUAAGUCCACUACUUCUAUUGAUCGCCCAAUUCAAGUCCAAAUGGUGACUCCAACGAAUGAAUUCUCUCUUCAACAUCACCCAUUGUUUGCAUCACAGAAUGUGCAGACAGAGCAUGACAAUAUUGAGCGAGCAUCUUCUCCAUUGGUUAAUGACAUUACUGAAGGAUGGUCUCAGACUAAGUCCACCACGUCUGUUGAAAACUUUGUCCAACACCAACCAUUGUUGGAAACACAGAAUGUGCAGACAGAGCAUGACAAUGUUGAGCGAGCAUCUUCUCCAUUGGUUCAUGACAUUACUGAAGGAUCGUCUCAAACUAAGUCCACUACGUCUGUUGACAACUUUGUCCAACACCAACCAUUGUUGGAAUCACAGAUUGUGCAAACAGAGCAUGACAAUGUUGAGCGAGCAUCUUCUCCAUUUGGUCGUGAUUACACUGAUAGUUCAUCUCAGACAAAGUCUAGUACUUUUGUUGAAAACUCUGUCCAACACCAACCACUCUAUGAAUCACAGAAUGUGCAGACAGAGCAUGACAAUGUUGAGCGAGCAUCUUCUCCAUUGGUUCAUGACAUUACUGAAGGAUGGUCUCAGACUAAGUCCACUACUUGUAUUGAUCGCCCAAUUCAAGUCCAAAUGGUGACUCCAACGAAUGAAUUCUCUCUUCAACAUCACCCAUUGUUUGCAUCACAGAAUGUGCAGACAGAGCAUGACAAUGUUGAGCGAGCAUCAUCUCCAUUGGUUCGAGACAUAACUGAAGGAUGGUCUCAGACUAAGUCCACUACGUCUGUUGACAACUUUGUCCAACACCAACCAUUGUUGGAAUCACAGAAUGUGCAGACAGAGCAUGACAAUGUUGAGCGAGCAUCUUCUCCAUUGGUUCAUGACAUUACUGAAGGAUGGUCUCAGACUAAGUCCACUACUUCUGUCGAAAACUCUGUCCAACACCAAACACUCUCUGAAUCACAGAAUGUGCAGACAGAGAAUGACAAUGUCGAGCGAGCGUCCUCUCCAAUUAGUCGUGAUUACACUGACGGUACAUCUCAGACAAAGUCUAGUACUUUUGUUGAUCGUCCAAUUCAAGUCCAUAUGGUGACUCCGAAGAAAGAAAGCUCUGUCCAACAUCAACCAUCUCAUGAAUCACAGAACGUGCAGACAGAAUGUGAAAAUGUUGAACGAGCAUCCUCUCCAUUUGGUCAUGAUUACACUGAUAGUUCAUCUCAGACAAACUCCAGUACCUUUGUUGAAAUUGGAAUGCAAUUCAAACCAGCCAAUACUGAGCAGGCUACUCUUACAAACAAAGUUGGACUGAUUAGCUCUUCAAGUAAUACUGAGCAAGUCGAUUUGGAGCAAGCAACAGUUCAAGUUGCUAUUAAACCACAAACACAAGUACAGUCAACUUUCACGACACCAAGAUCUUUGAGGGAUAGCACUACACAGCACAGUACAACAUCUCUUGAUGUAUCUAUGCAGCACAAUGAUGUUCCUGAUUUGGCAGAUAAGGGUCUUCAGUUUAAUCCAGUCAUGGUUGAUGAUUCAUCUGAGACAAUGCAAAUAAAGGAAGUCAAGCAGUGUCAAGAUGCUGAGAUUCAAUACAACCCAGUUACUCAUGACAGUACCACCGAAACAAUUUCUGCUAGUAUUGACUUUUCAAAUCAGUCACAACCAUUAACCAUCGAACAAGAAACCUUGACUGACACUACAAGCCACUCCCAAGCAGAGGUACAGGUUGACAUUGAAAAUCCAACUGUUGUUCAUCAUGAUGUUGCCAUACAGUAUGACAGGAUGCAGCCAAAGGAUUCCUACACCCAAGCUCAGCCUCUGACUGUGGAGGAUGGAACAACUACCAUUCCAUUGCGCAAACUUGAAGCUUCUGUGCAAUGUACAGCUCCGGCUGAAGAAAUACAGCCUUCUCCACAAGUUACCCCUGAAACAACUGAGAACGGGACGUCACCAGAUUUUGUUACAGCACAGUCUUCCACUCAAACCAGGCUCGACACAUCAAACAUAGGUAUUCAAUCCAAGCCUGAUACCAAAUCGCAAGUAACACAUGUUGCAGUGAAGCCUGAAUCUGCUGAUCAAUUCACAGAUACAAAACCAGAUGUUAGAGAAUUUGAUACGCAAACAGUUUCCCAUAGUAGAAAUGAAGGUUCUCAAUGUGAUAAAACAUCUCAAAUGCACAAAACCUCUCAGUACGACAUACCAUUUGUUGAAGAUAAUUCUGUACAAGCUAUGCCAGUCAUAAGGGAGCAAGCUAACUCUCCAGUGUUUAAGAGAAAUGGGGUUGCAAAUGCUGCAUCACAGACAGACGUCAUUGAGGGUGUAGUUGCUUAUGAACACCCAGCAGAGUCUGCUCUACAUCAAUCCUUUACACCCAGCGCAGAGAGUGACUUUAUGCAUGAUUAUUCUAAUAGACUGCAGGAAUUCUUGGAGAAAGAGGACACUGUUUCAGAAUAUUCUGAACAUCCUGUUGAGGAGAUAAUUACUACAUCUGAGAUUACCCAACAAGAAACUAGUUCACCAGCAUGGGAGUACACAAAGGAUGUCUCAAAUCGCUUAUACAGUUCUGAAUUAAACAACAGUACAGGUAUUCUUCAAAACCUUUUCAAAACCGAGCAAAAUUCAGUCUAUCUUGAAGCGCCAGUUGAAAAAGACGAGGCUGAUGUUGUCCAGUCUCAGCCAAGGUAUUUCAUUGAUGCUGCUAACCAGACUGGUAUGAUGCCCAUGAGAGAGAGAAGUACAUCCCCCCUUUACCAAGCAACACGAGAAGCCCAAAGCCAGUAUGACAAAGAAGUUCGCCAGACUGAUACCACUUCACAGGCGAUGCCAAUAACAUCUGAUGAAUCAACCUUAACAGCCCCUGUGACCAGUCAUGAUGUGUCUUCACAAGCUAAAUUUGACAGUGAAGGUGUCCCAACAACUGAGAGUUCAGUUCAGCAUCAUACACCCAGUAACGACUCAUCCACUCAGGCUAAACCAGUUAUGAUGGAUGCUGGUAUCACCUACAAGGUUGAAAGUAAUCCUACUUCUACUCAGGUCAGGCUUGAAACAUUAGAACAAGGAACUUCAACUCAGAAACAAGUACAUCAGACGUCAGACAGCCAAUCCCAAGUUGCUCCGGAUGUGGCAGCGAAAACUACAUCACCUUUAGCUGUAAGAAAGAAUCAAAUGGCAGUGCAAGCAAAGGUUGACCAGCAACACACUCCAACUCAGUAUGAUCAAAUACCCAAGACUGAUGCAGAGGCACAGAUACAGCCACAAUCACUUGAGCGAGGCACAACAGCAAAACCUAACAUCCAAGAUUCUUCAAUCCAAGUCCUUGCAACUCAGCGCACCCAGACAACCCAAUAUGACAAGGUCAAGAAUGUGGACUUUGUGGUGCAAUUCAAAUCCCAACAUCAUGACAUGUCAACUCAAUCUGACAAUUUGAAACCUGUUUCUGUAGAUCAAGCUAGCUCACCAAUAGUCUCGAAACCACAACAGCCCAUUGUAGAAUCCCCACUAAGGUCAGACGUGGUUGAAAAAGUUUCAACUACUCCGCAGUACUACCAACCAUUGGAUCGCCUUGAUAAUGCUGAACUUCGCCAUGAAAUAAGAGAGGAAAUUCGAGAAGAGACCAGACUAGAAGUGAUUCAGGACAUGCGUAAAGAAAUAAGGCAAGAUUUGAUCAAGGAUAUCAAAGAAGAAACAAGGAUGGAAGUGAUUGGAGUUAUCCGAGAAGAAACAAAACGGGAAUUGAUUCAAGACGUCACGGAAGAAACCAGGUUAGAAGUGAUUGAACAAAUCCGUGAAGAAACCAAACGGGAAUUGAUUCAAGACUUCAAGGAAGAAACAAGGUUAGAUGUGAUUGAACAAAUCCGAGAAGAAACAAAACGGGAAUUGAUUCAAGACUUCAAGGAAGAAACAAGGUUAGAUGUGAUUGAACAAAUCCGAGAAGAAACAAAACGGGAAUUGAUUCAAGACUUCAAGGAAGAAACAAGGUUAGAAGUGAUUGAAGAAAUCCGAGAAGAAACUAAACGUGAAUUGACUCAAGACAUCAAAGCAGAAACAAGGAUGGAAGUGAUUGAAGAAAUCCGAGAAGAAACAAAACGGGAAUUGAUUCAAGACAUCAAAGCAGAAACAAGGUUAGAAGUGAUCUACGACAUAAGGGAGGAAAUCAGAGAAGAUGUUCGAGAAGAACUCAAAGAAGAAAUUAAAAAUGACAUGACUUCAGUCUUUGAGGCAGAGGUGAGAGAUGAGCUCAAGACAGAGUUUCAGAUCACUGUUCGAGAGGAGGUACGAGAGGAGUUCAUUGAGGAAUACAAGGAAGAAAUAUUGGAGGAGAUUAAAGAGGAGUUCAGAAUAGACUUUGAAUCUCGCCUUCGCUUUGAGUUUGAAGACAGAACAAGAGAUGAUUUGGAAUUCCAGAUUCGAAGAGAAAUGGAGCCUAAAAUAAGACGUGACUUGGAGCCAAUUAUACGAAGGGAGAUCAUUCAGGAAUUUGAAAAGGAAACUAUUCAUGAGUAUAAAUUUGCAGCACCUGAGAUGUAUGAGCCAACUGAAUAUAAGCAAGAACCAGUUAAACCUCUAAUGCUUGACCGAGGAACAUCUCCCAAGAUUACAAAAUUCCAUGAUGCUCCUGUUCAAGCCAGCACAACACAUCAAGAUGGAUCAUCCCAGUAUGACAAGCCAAAUAAGCCAGUCGACAAUGUCACGCAGACGCAAGUCAUUACAGUGGAACACGGAACAGCACCAGACAAGCCAUGGGUAACAGAUACACAUGUGCAAGUCCAACCUAAAAUGGUGCAUCGAGGCACAACACCAAGUGAGACUACAAAUUGUCAAUCUGGGGUCCAAGCAGUUGUGGAAAUGAAAGAUAAAUCGGAUCAGCAUGAAGCCAAACCUAGGCAGUCGGAUGUUGGAACCCAAUUCUAUCACCGUCCACAGACAGUUGGAGUUCAGUCUCAGGUACAACCAGUCACUGAUGAACAAGGAACAUCAAUGGAAACAGUCAAAUUCCAUCAAACUUAUGCUCAGACAGAAAAGCCUCUCCUUGCAUCAGAAAAUACACAGACAGUAACAGACCACAGUGAUGCGGUUUGCCAAUCUCAACCUGUUGUUAUGACAGACACUACAAUGCAAGUCGAACCAGUGACAACUGAUAAGAGUUCCUCACCAUUACCACAUGAGACGGAGGAUAUUUCAACCCAGGUUGAGAAAACCGAUAAGGAUGAGCCCAUUGAAAAGCCAACUGUUCAGCAAAAAGACACUGCAGCUCAACAUGAACCAGUUUACGAUGUAAUCGAUAGAAGAAUUCAGGCCAAUCCUGUCGUCAGGGACCAAGCAAAUUCACCGUUUGCAGUUCUUCUUUUGAAUUCUAUCAGCCCUCAAAGAAGAGAUAGUGUCCACCUGCCGUCUUAUAUUUCCCUUUCACCAAGAAAUGCCCCAGAAGAGCCUCUCUAUGUGACAGAAGUUAUUAGAGCACAAAAAUUGCAACCCACUGAAUUCAUCCCUUCAUUUCCCUCACCAGUGCCUACAUCGCAACCCUCCACUAACUUCAAAUAUUCAUACACAUUUACUGAUGACCAAACCAUUGAGCCAUUGGUUGCCAGGUUGGAUUAUGUACCACUGCACCCACAAGCAGAUUCUCCUCCACCCACACUCAAACGACAGUCGCCGAUUGGUAUCACUAAUAAGUCACAUGUUGUUCGUGGUGACUAUUCAUCUCAUCGUUUUGAUUCAGUCACCAGCGGAAAGUAUGAGGUAGAUGAUGUCAAGCCAUUGGUAAGGCCAAUACCUAAAAUCUUGGAGCCCAGAAAAACGUCGCCUAACUACUAUCCGCCAAUUGUUUCCCAGUCCACAUACAGUAGCUCGUAUGAGUCUACACAUGAAACCAGUACUAGCUUUGAAAGAGACAUUUUGCAGUCAAUGCCACCACGUUGUGAAAUGAUAGUUCUUCAAACAACUGUAGCAGGAAAUACGUACACCAGUGCCUUCAAAACAUCCACACCAAACACUUCUGGUGCUCAACCCUUGUCAAGUCCAUUUGUUCCUCGAACAAGUAUAAUACACCAAGAGCAAUAUUCUGAAUUUCCAGCCAAACCUUCCUCUCCAAGCUUUUCAGACACAGACUCCGAGAGUUUACCAGACAUGACUGAACUUGAACGCAUACGCCAGGAUCUCCGUCUGUCAAAGGUAAUUGUGACCGAAGAUCAGGCAACUUUGGUUGGAUACCUAGUAAGCAGGACUGAUACCACCAAAACACCUGAACUACCAGCUAAUUCACCUUUCAGCUCUCCAGACUCAACUUACAAAUCUUCCUCAAGAUUUGAAUACAGCAGUACCGGCCAAUCUUACAGCAGCCAAACGUAUAACACAAGCUUCAAACAUGAUCACUUAGGCUCUCUCAGAGGUCGCCAACACUUUGUGAAUCUAGAACAUAAACCAACAGAUGUUGUACCUGAUGUGAUGAUGGAAGGUCCCGCUGAUGUUCUACCUACAGAAGAGGGUGAAUGGUUCAAGCGAGAGACCUCUGCAUAUAUGCUGAAUGUUCCGUAUGAAAAGAAGGGGGCUCCUCACCCAGGAGCACGCAUUGUGCAGUCACCUUCACAGUCACCCUGUCCCACACCAGGUAGAUUGUCUCCAGUCGAUGUGGAGAUGCUAGAUCCAAUACCAAGAGGUAUGGUUACCCGUCUUUCAGACCUGUUUUUGGAUGGAGCUUUCAGUGAUGAUGAUUCUGUUCUACCUGUCAGCAGAUUGUCAGAACUCAUUGAGAAACAUCGUGAACUGAACCGGCCUCCCAAACACCCAAUGCCUCCCCCAACUGGUGAUUUUCCAUUAUUCAUGUCAAGGGAUCCUGACUCUGAAGUAGACACCAUUGAUUCUGAUACUGAUUCAGAGUCCUUCAAUGCAGUUAUGGACUUCACUGAUCCUUUCUUGCAUGAAGAUCCAAACUUCUGGCGUGCGGUGAGGAAAGAUCUAUCCCCACAAUCGGUCAAUUCUGAUGCCAGCUCUGAUGAUGAUACAGUGACUGUGUAUGGGGAUUGUGAUGUGUACCCAUACGAUGACCCCUCUUCAAGACCAAUCACCCCCUCCCCUCAAGACGAGCCAGCUGAUAAACCAACGGAACCAGGACAAUCACCGCGUAAGAAGCGCUCUGUUGUCAAAAUCGAUCGACGCAAAAUGAGACAAGAACUGCGUAUGUCUGAGGUGGUGUUACCUGAUGAACCAGCUCGUCUUACCAGCUACAAACCCAAGAUGGAGGAGGGUGCCUUUGGAGGACGAAUGUCUCGAUCUGAGCCAGACCUUUUCAAAGCAUUAACUAGAGCCACGACUUCACGUCCUUCUUACACCACUGCUUCGCCAUACACAAGGACUGGGCGUGAACAUGGAAUGGUCGAUUCAAGCGCCAUGUCAACAUCCUCAACAGAGAUCCGUUAUGCUACAGUGAUGAAGAAGGACAGAUCCAACCAGUCACCCUGGAGUCAACAACAAAGACUUUCUCAAUCGGAUUCUGACCUCGCAAAAGCGCAUGGAGAGCUCUAUGAUGUAGGUAAUUUUUAGAAAUAUAAAAUGUACUGAUUGUAGGUGAUUUAUUUGAACAGUGCAAAUUGGUGUCAGUGAAAACUCAAGGUUAUCGCAAAAAGACGCACUGCUAUUAACAUGGUAUUUCUUUCACAUGGAAGCCAAGUUCAGAAUCUGUCAAGCAAUUAGGAAUAAGAAAGCACUGACUGUGAAUGAAACCAAAUCACCUCAUCUAAAAACACAACUAUGAAAGUACAUUUUAUGUAUAUGGCAAAGAAAUUAUUUGUUACUUCAGUCAUUUGUAUGGAAUAUCCAGCUAUUUUUGAUGAAACAUUUAUUCAAAAAUUGAAAACUGAAGUAACAUGUACAUAUAAAACUGUAAAUAGUUGUACCGGGUAAUUAAUUAGCUAUCUUGGUUUCUGUUUAUUGAAGCCCUUGUUGGAGCAUUAACACACUGGUAUAGAUAUAAAUAAUUUGUGUACACAUGUUCUAUAGAAUUAACCAGCUCCUUAUACCUAGUUGAAAAUGUAUAUAAAAAGCAUUUUAAAACAAAUGAUUUGCUGGAUUUAGGUUUGAUUGGUUAAUGGACAACAACAUUGAAUAAUGAAAGUUAGUAUAUACAUAUUUUUGACCUUUACUUUGAUUUUAUAAUUGAACUGAAAACCAUUUGGAGAUGCCUGGAUUGAGCAGUUGUAAUGGAUGUGGGUACAUGUACAUGUAGCUGUUUUGUUAUAGGAGGUCAUCCUGAUUUGAAUGUAUGGUAUACAUAAGCCAUUUUUACUUCUUGAUUGUGAGAUCAUGUAUAUAAUUAUUUAGUUUUAUACCGCCGUAUUGUAAUAAUUGUUUCUUCCAUAGCACUGCAGAGUAUUUUAUAGCUCAGCCCAAAUUAUAUACAUAAUACUGUUGGUGAUGGUUUGUUUUGCAUCAUGAUGAUUAUAUUCAUUAUUGGAAUCAUUAACAAAUACCUUAUUUUUCAAGCUUGUAAAAUGAUGACAACUUGAUUGGGUCAAGAUGUGAAAAAUAGUUCUGAACAAAUUUCUUAAUAAAAUCAACAAGUUCUUAAUACAAUCGACCGUUUAAUGUCUUAAUACAGGAUAUAUUGUAUAUAAUGGAUUAACUUUUUGUAGAGAGUACUUGUUCUGUUUUCAGAUGGCAAUGGUGUUUAACUCAAAUUGCAAGAACUUCAGAUGUAAAAGUGAAAUUAUCAUUCACAAGUUAAGAAUUUAAAAAACAAAGAAAUAUUUUUAUUUUUGUACUGGUGGAGGGUUUGUUUUCACUAGGGGCAGACAGUAUAUUUGGCUGAUCUAAAUAACUAAGUUUACUUAAUAAAAAAAAUUGUUACGAUUGUUAAAACUUCUAUGUAAACAAAAAGCCAAACAGCUUAAAAAUUUUCCUAAAUGUGGUAACUAAUUUUGAUUGUAGGGGUAACCAGAUAUUAGUGUUUAAGGUACCUUACAUUAUGUACAUGAAAUUCACUUAAUGCAGUUUUUACACCUUACAUAUUGUACUAAUGCAAUACUUUUUUAAGUCGUAAAACACGAGGGAAACUGGCUGGGUAAAAUGUUAAAUGUUACCGCUGGAUUACCAAGUAGAAUGCUAAAUUGCUGUAAUGAAUUGUCAAUAAUGUAUGGUCACUGUGCAUAAUGAUGACUAAUCGCAUGAAGAAGCGAUAAAAAAUGGCUAAAAAAUACAUAGCUGUAGAAUCAGGUGAUGGCAAAAGCAAAACAUUUUAAUUUCCAUAUUAUAAUAAUAUAUUUGUUAGGUGAAGAUUAUUUGUCUUUGUUUAUGCUUUAAUGUUUUUGUAAAAAUGUGUUCAAAAUGAACCUGGUUGAUUUAAGAAAUUAGGGUAUAGGCAAACUAAUGAAGACACAAGGUACAUACAUAAACGUCACUAUCGUGGGGGUAGCCCUUAUUUCGAGAUAAAAAUUUGUAGAAAAUUGAUGUUAAUGAAUGCUUUUGUCUGCAUGGCUUUUGACACUAGUGUUCAACAUUCAGACCAUCUUAUCUGAUUGAACAUAUUUAUGAUUUGCUUAACUUCAAAAUCAUUGUGUAUAUCUCAAACUUCAGAUAAAUUUGAAAAUAUUAUGUAUGCACUGGCUCACUAACAAACAAAAUUAAUAAUAGCAAAAUAGUUUGGUAAUUUGUAGUAAGACUCAUGAUACUUGUAUUGCUUACUACAAUAUUAUGUUUAAUUUGUAUUUGGUUUUGAAGACUUAUAGUAAGUAGGGUUUGCUUCUGCUGGUUUUUUUUACAUAAAAGGAGGCGCUAAAUUGUAAUGGAAUAUUAUAGAUGUAAAUCCUAAGUGGUAAAACUGCUACAUUAUUAUCACAAAAUAUGAAAUAUUGGCAAGUUAGCAUGAGAUGCAUAAAAAGAAAAUAAUCAAAAUUUUUAAUUCAGGUGGGUUUCUGGAAAUAGCAAAAUUUGUUACAAACAUGUAGAAGAGCCAGCGGUAGCUUCCAGAUGCCAUAGAUGAUAAUCGUUAUAUUGAAGUAAUUGUUAAAAACUGAUUGUUGAAGUGGCAUAGCGCCGCAACAUGGAAAUGGACAACAUUUGGCAAAAAGAUGAAUUGAUGUAAGAGAAUUUAAAUUGCUGAAAGUUAUGCUAAUGUAUUGAUUGUAUUCAGCUGUGAGUUGUACUAAGGUAUAUUAAAUAAUUAUAGAUACAUUGUUGGUUAAUAGAUAAA